GAGAGGCGAGUGAAAGGUCAUAUGAACAAUCCCAAGUUGUACUCUCUGUUCCAACCUAGGGUCAGGUGUAGAUAGGUCUCUCUUGUUCCACACUUGUCACCGGCCACAGAGAUUACCCGGUGUUGUGGUCAGUGUAACAUGCGCCAGUAUCAUUCUGACUUCACGCUGGAUCGAUAUGGCGUGUCUACAUCUGCUCGUAGUACUGGCUGUGCUGGGGGUGUCCCGGGCUUUGAACAACGGCCUCGCCCUCACCCCACCCAUGGGUUUCCUGGACUGGGAGAGGUUCCAGUGUAACACGGACUGUGUUAAUGACCCGGAUAACUGUGUCAGCGAGAAGUUGUUCAUGAAAAUGGCAGACAUUAUAGCGGAGGAGGGCUACCGCGAGCUCGGCUACGAAUACAUCGGCAUCGACGACUGCUGGCCUGCCAAAUCUCGGGACGCUGACGGCAACCUCGUGGCAGACCCAGAGAGGUUCCCCAACGGAAUCCUUGGUCUCUCUCGAUAUGUACAUUCACGUGGGCUAAAACUGGGUAUCUAUGAAGACGUCGGUACCAAGACGUGCGCAGGGUACCCUGGGAGCCAGGACUACACGAAGCAGGACGCCGAGACGUUUGCAAGAUGGGAACUGGACUUGCUCAAGUUUGAUGGCUGUAACACGGACGCAAAUCGCUCGGCAAUACGUAAGAUCAAAUUUCCCUUAAUGAGUCAAAGUCUGAACGCGACUGGCAGACCUAUCCUCUUUACGUGUGAAUGGUGGAGUGGAGACCAGACCCAGCACUCCCACUACACCCGCAACAGCGAGUACUGCAACAGCUGGAGGACCUUCACCGACAUACUGGACACGUGGCCCUCCGUCCUCUCCAUCAUCCAACACUACGCCCAGAACGCCGGGGACUUCAUCUCCGUAUCAGGUCCAGGGUCCAUCAACGAUCCAGAUGAGCUGAUCAUCGGGGACUUCAGUCUGAGUUACGACCAGGAGAAGUCACAGUUCGGGAUGUGGGCGAUGUUUGCCGCCCCACUCUACAUCUCCGCUGAUCUGAGGACCAUCAGACCAGAGGCCAAGGCCAUUCUACAAAACAAGGGCGUCAUCGCCAUCAACCAAGACCCACUCGUAAAGGGAGCCAAUAUGAUAAAAGAGAUUCAAAACGUUCAGGGUCUGGCUGGAAGCCUUUGGUCAAACCUGAAGUUAUGCAGACAUAAUCUACGAAGGUCGGCAGCUCUCAUGGACAUAAUGUACGAAGGUCGGCAGUUCUCACGGACAAAAUCUACGAAGGUCGUAGCUCUCAUGGACAUAAUCUACGAAGGUCGGCUGCUCUCAUGGACAUACUCUACGAAGGUUGGCAAUUCUCAUGGACAUAAUCUACGCAGGUCGGCAGCUCUCAUGGACAUAAGCUACGAAGGUCGGCAGCUCUCAUGGACAUAA